GCUAGAGGGAAGCGCCUGCGCAGAGUAAGACUCCGUGUCCGGACCAAAACUCCCAAGAUGCCGUGAAAGCCGAUUCCAAGCAACCGGAAGGCCGACUGGGGCGACGGGCGGGUGCGCCGCGAAAGCCAGCCAGUGGUGGUGUGCGGAAGGAGUGACGUAUGCGCCUGGUCUUCCAGUAGCGGACGUCGGAAAGUGUGUUGAGCGCAUGCGUCCUGUGGCACCCUAGAAAAAGGGGCUGCUGGCGGGCCGAGCUGAAGACAUGGAGCAGGGCUACGGAGGCUAUGGGGCAUGGAGUGCUGGACCCACCAACACCCAAGGUGCAUACGGAACCGGUGUGGCCAGCUGGCAAGGUUAUGAAAACUACAAUUAUUAUGGUGCCCAGAACACCAGCGUCACCACAGGAGCGACCUACAGCUAUGGCCCAGCCUCGUGGGAGGCCACCAAGGCCGGCGACAGCCUGGGAGCUGGGGGCCCUGCCAUGCACAUGGCUUCUUAUGGUCCAGAGCCGUGCACUGACAAUUCCGACUCUCUCAUCGCCAAGAUCAAUCAACGUUUGGACAUGAUGUCCAAGGAAGGAGGCAGGGGCGGGAGCAGCGGCGGUGGGGAGGGCAUGCAGGACCGGGACAGCUCCUUCCGCUUCCAGUCGUUUGAGUCCUAUGACUCCAGGUCUUGUCUGCCUGAGCACCAUCCGUACCGCCCCAGCUACAGCUACGAUUAUGAUUUUGACCUGGGGCCUGACCGAAAUGGGGGCUUUAACAGUCAGUACAGUGACUGCCGGGACCCAGCCCGUGAGCGGGGCUCCCUUGAUGGCUUCAUGCGGGGCCGGGGCCAGGGCCAGGGCCGCUUCCAGGACCGGAGCACCCCCAGCACCUUCAUGCGCAGCGACCCUUUCUUGCCGCCUCCGGCAGCCUCCUCUGAGCCCCUGUCCGCUCCCUGGACGGAGAUGAACUAUGUGGGUGGGCGGGGCCUGGGAGGCCCCUCCCCCAGCAGGCCACCGCCUUCCCUCUUCUCCCAGUCCGUGGCCCCAGACUUCAGUGUAAUGGGCAUGCAGGGGGCCGGCGGCUAUGACAACUCUGCGCCCUACGGAUGCGGCCGGUCGCAGACUCGGAUGAGGGAUCGGCCCAGACGGAGAGGGUUUGACCGCUGUGGCCCAGACAGCAUGGGCAGGAAACGGAAGCAGUUGCACAUCUACGAUGAGCCUGACACCAAACUGGCCCGGGCUGACAGCGAAGGAGAUUUUUCUGAAAAUGAUGAUGGAGCUGUUGACUUCCGGUCAGGAGAUGAAGAAUUCAGGGGUGAGGACGAGUUCUUUGACUCCGGGAGGCAGAGAGGAGAGAAGGACGAUGAGGAUGAUGAAGUAAAGAAGAGAAAGGAAAAGCAAAGGAGGAGAGACCGCAUGCGAGACCGAGCGGCAGACAGGAUUCAGUUUGCCUGUUCUGUGUGCAAGUUUCGUAGCUUUGAAGAAGAUGAAAUCCAGAAGCAUCUACAAAGCAAAUUUCACAAAGAGACACUGAGGUUUAUAAGUACCAAACUCCCUGACAAGACCGUGCAGUUCCUCCAGGAGUACAUCGUAAACAGGAAUAAGAAAAUUGAGAAGCGGCGUCAGGAGCUGAUGGAGAAGGAAAGCACAAAACCCAAACCAGACCCUUUCAAAGGGAUCGGCCAGGAGCACUUUUUCAAGAAGAUAGAGGCGGCUCACUGCCUGGCUUGUGACAUGCUGAUCCCCGCGCAGCAUCAGCUCCUCCAGCGGCACCUGCACUCGGUCGACCACAAUCACAACCGCAGGUUGGCUGCUGAACAGUUCAAGAAAACCAGUCUCCAUGUGGCUAAGAGUGUUUUGAACAACAGACACAUAGUGAAGAUGCUGGAAAAAUACCUCAAGGGUGAAGACCCUUUCACCAACGAAGCCGUUGAUCCAGAAGUCGAAGGAGAUGACAAUUUAGGAGGUGAGGAUAAGGAAGAGACACCUGAAGAGGUGGCUGCGGAGGUCUUAGCUGAGGUUAUUACGGCAGCAGUGAGAGCCGUAGACGGGGCGGGAGCGCCUGCUCCGGAACGCAGUGAAAUGCUGGCCGAAGGGGAAGGCCCCGUGGACUCGGCGGAGGCCGCUCGUGGCCCCCACUCUGAACAGCUGGGAGAAGUGGAGACACCGUGUGGCACAGCAUCUGAGAAGGGCAGCGCCGAAGCAGAGGCUGGGGGUGAAGCCGCCCAGGCCGGCAACGAGGCUGCUGAGGCAGGAGGCGAAGUGGCAGCAGAGGCGGAGGGCGCCGAGGUAGUCCCUGCUCCUGCCCCUGCCCCUGCCCCUGCCCCUGCCCCUGCCCCUGCCCCUGCUCCUGCCCCGGCUGCUGCGGGAGCCAAAGAGAAGCAGACGGAUGCAGAGCCCGAAGGUGACGUUCCCACAGACUGAGCCUCCUCCCCGUUUCAGGGGAUGUGUUUCAGAAAUGCGUUGCUCUCUCUCCUUUUGCAUUGCUCUCUCUCACUGUUUGUAAGCAGUGCUAGGUGUGUUACUGGAAUAUGCUGGAAACUUUGGUGAAGAGAGCCAGCCGUUUCCUUGCAAAAAGUGUACCUCACGGGCUUGUGUUGCAGAGUUGUCUGGCUUUCCGCCUUGGUUUAAAGGCUGCAGAAGUUGUACAUUCCCCCAAGUGGCUGUGAAAUCUCUCUACACUGCAGUUGGAGUAAUAAAAGUUGGGUAAUUAGAUUUUGAUGAUAUUUUGCUUGUUAAAUACAGCAACUGGCUGAAUGCCCUUUUUAUUAUUAUUAUUAUUAUUUUUUUUUUUUCUGAGAGCAGCUUAAUACUAGGGUAUAUCUUGUUUUAGAAAGGGUUUUUUGGUUUUUUUUAAGUUUCAAGAAUUUGCUUUGGCUUCAGUUUUUGACCUGCUUCGGGAGCACACCGUGUGUGGUGUGUGAUCCUCACAAGAUGUAGCAGAAUCUUGUUAACUUGAUGUUGGUUCUGUCACGUCAGUGACCUCUUCUCAAAGGCCUCAUGAAUCUGACAGACCGGCACCCUUGGACGCCCUCCCGCUUGCCCCUCAAGAAUGAGGACAUUUUGCCUAGGGCAUUAUUUUCCCAAUCUUUAGUCUUUGGUGUAUCACCUUUAUAGUUUUUGUUUUGUUUUUACCUCAUUUGUGUUCCACCUUUGUUACUUCAGGGUUGGGUUUUUUUUUUUCUUCCUUUAAAGUGAGUUGCUUCUACAAUAUAUUUAGAAAGAAAACUUGGUGUCACUCCCAUGAGUGGAAAACAAAUAUAAAUUGCCAUAGAUAGAUGCUAUCUGUAAGAAACGAAUACAGUGAAAUACACACAUUUCAAAUACUACCCCUUUGGAGGUUUAGGGAUCUGGGAAAGUUAGCCUGUGUAAAAGGGUAGCAAGCGAGUUAUACUUUGAUAUAAUCAAGAGAAUUGAAAGACGCUUCCCUUUUGAAAUGAUACUGCUGGGCCUGUUUCCCUGCAAAGCUUUGAACUGUCUCACUCGGGGAAGCAUCGGCGGGGGGGCGGGGAAUUUACUAGAUGGUAAAAGACUUGAGGAGCAUCUCUUGUGCACAAGGUGCUAAUCCCUGAUAAAAGUUAAGAUAUGGGCCCUGCUCUCAAGGAGCUUUAUUGGAGACAAGAUGAAUAUUUAUGAAAGGUCAAUAUAAGAACUAGAAACAAAUAAAUUGCUCAGUAAGCAAGAAAA